AUGAAAAGUAAUAGUAAUAGUAAUAACAAUAGUAAUAAUGAAAAUAAAUUAGUUCAAUUACCAUUUAUAUUAUUAAGAAAAAUAAUAGAAUGUUUAGCUUAUAAUAUUGAUAAGAUUAUCUUUACAUUGACCUGUAAAAGGCUUUUUGAGAUUAGAGAUAGCUAUCUUUUUAUUCCUUUGAACAUUGACAACAGAUUAUCAAGAUACAUGAUAACCAAACUAAAAUUAAAGUCAUUCACAAAACAAAUCGAAUCAUAUGAUCAUCUAGAUGAUCGUCACAUCAAAAUUAACAAAAUAAUCGAAGUAGACGAAAAUAACUUUAAAAGAUUUCCAAUGAUAUUCUGUAGAUAUGUAAAAAAUGAAAAAUUUCAGUCUUUGCCAGAUAGCAAUACUAUCGAUGACAUUGAAGAGGUCUUUUGUACACGUGAUUACACCUCGCUAGAUGGUGUUCCUUUGCUCCACAAGAUCAAAGCUUUAACGAUACAACUGAUCUGUCCAAUUGACUAUUCAAUUCCAAAAAAUAUUAGAUCUUUAGAAUUGGUGUUUGAUACAGGUACUUUGUAUUGUUUCGGACCGAAAGCAGUGCUACCACAACAAUUGGAAUCAUUGGUCCUCUAUAAUUAUAAAGAGCAAUUUACGCCAGGAUUCUUACCUCCAACUCUAAAGAAAUUAAGGUUUUACGAUAGUGCACCAAGAUUCGAAAAAGGUAUGAUCAAUGAAGGUUUAGAACGAUUGGAGAUUGAAUAUUCAAGAUAUGACCAACCGAUAAAGAAAGGAGUACUCCCAGCUUCACUGAAAUACUUUGGCUCAGAGUCAUAUCGAGGCGAUCUUAUUUUCUAUGAUGCUACUGGUGAUGGUGGUGCACACUUGCAAAAUGAAGACGAUUCAUCAGAUCUACAGCUUAACAACACCUAUAUUCCUAAUACAAUCAAGACACUGUUAAUUGGUACUCCACGUAGAAGCGAUUCACCCAAAAUAUUAAAUUUAACAUUACCCGCUAGUCUUGUAAAACUUGGACUGUAUUAUGGUUUCAAUCAAACGUUGAAUCUAACAUUAACAACGCCAGGCACUCUAAAGAGAAUGAAAGCUUAUCAUUCCUACCAAAUCGAUAAACAACAAAUACCAGACAGUGUAACAUAUAUCUCUCUCAACUCUAUUGUCACAGAGUUGAAUAGUUUAAAGGAAAACUCAGCCAAUAGUUGUUUCAACUGGCUAAGCAAAUCCAUUAAAACGUUAAGAAUGCCAUUUGAAAAAGCCAAUAGUAAGCUGUUGGAAUCAAUACCUGUAACCGUUAGCACUAUUAUCCAAACGGAUAUAAGUUCAAUCGCUGACAAAACUACAAGUGUACUCAGACGAAUCGAAGGUCAACGCUAUCUAUUGUUCACUCAAAUCAACCAAGGUGGUUUCGUUGAACCCAAGGCAUUCGAUCAAUUUACAAAAUAUAUUGUAAAGACAUCACCGAAAAACAAUAAAGAUCCAUGCUUUUUCAAUAUCGAUUAA